AAACCGCAAUGGCUACCGGUACGGUUACGGGCAAGUCGAAUCCAACUGAGUUCUAGUCGAUCGCCGAUUUUUAGUCGACGGUGUAGUCGAUGGAGCUUGAUCGGUUGAAGUUGUGGCUUCUGCUGUGGGACGAGCCGCGAAUGGACCACUUCCAUAUAGUAUUGCUGGACGCGACUGAUUGACUCAUGACCGUGCCCCGGCGCUACGAGAUGGCGGCGCUCUGUGCCAUUGGCACGCUCCUCUGCUACGCCGAUCGUACCAACAUUGGCGUCGCGAUUCCCGCGUUCCAAGCCGACCACGGUAUCCAGGGUCAUGUGCUCUCGGCUUUCUUCUAUGGCUACAUUUGCACGCAGUACUUUGGCGCGUGGCUCUCGAGCAAGGUCGGCCCCAAGGCCGUGCUCCUCGGCGGCGUCGCGCUCUGGACGUGCUUUGACGUGCUCACGGUGCCCUGCGCUACCUCGCCCAUCCUGCUCUGGCUUGUCCGCGCCGGCAUGGGCCUCGGCGAAGGCAUCGUCUUUCCGUGCAUGCACAACUUUGCCUCGUCGUGGUUUCCAAUUCCCGAGCGCAGUCGCCUCAACGCGCACAUUGCCAGCGGCAUGGACCUCGGCACGGUCUUCUCCAUGUUUGUCGCGCCGCUGCUUAUGGCCUCGUGGGGGUACCCGGCGAUCUUCUUCUUCUUUGGCGGCCUCAGCACGCUCUGGCUUGUCGUCUUUUCUUGGCGCGGCGCCAGCCGACCCGAGGACGACCCGCGCAUCUCGGACGACGAGCGGGAGCUCAUUCUCGCCACGCGCCACACGGCCGCGGCCAAGGAGUUUGGCACGCCCCAUACUGUGGUCGUCGAGCUUCCGUGGCGCGCGUUCUUCUCGUCGAAAGCGCUGUGGGCCAUUUACGCGAGCCAUUUCGCGUACAACUAUGGCUGGUACAUCUUGCUCGGGUGGAUUCCUCAGUACCUUCGCCUCCAACUGCAUCUCGAUCUCGCCUCGAGCGGCGUCGCCGCGGCGAUCCCGUACCUUGCAGGAUACGCCGGGAUUCUCUUUUGGGGCUGGCUCUCGGACCGGCUCAUUGCACACGGCAUGCGUCUCGUCACCGUGCGCAAAAUCACGAACGGAUUCGGUCUCGUCGGCUCGGCCGUGUGCCUCUACGUGCUGCGUUUUGCCUCGUCGACGGUCUCGGCCGUCGCUCUCCUCUCGCUGACGCUCUUCUUGUCCCGCGCCGCGGCGUCCGGGUACUGGGUCAACAUGCUGGACGUGGCGCCGCGUCACGCUGGUCACGUCAUGGGCAUCAGCAACACGAUUGCAACGCUGCCUGGCAUUUUCGGCAACAUUCUCACGGGCGAGAUCCUCCAGCGCAGCGGCAACUGGGACCUCGUGUUUCUGAUCGCGGCCGUCAUCUUGACGACCGGAGGCCUUAUCUUUCACUGCUGGGCGGGCGACCAUGACGUCUUUGCCAUGGUCGCUGACGACGUCAGCGACGAAGCACCGUUGCCUCUCAACGUGCAUACGCCGUUGCUGCCCCACAAAGCAUAGCACACUGCUAUAGUACCACCUGAUAGAUAAUAAUAAGGUUCUCGUGCCUUGGACGAGCGGCUCUGUCACGGCUGGCCGCCUGCCACGUUGGACUACCGUCGUCUUCCAGAGAGGCAGCAACUCCGGAGCGCGAAAUCUUCGCGUUGGUUCAUCC